UUGGUCAACUUUGACCUUUUGGUUACUGGCGCCGUUUUGAAAACCGAAAACAACGACUUCUGAAGAUAAAAACCUUCUUUUUGUGGUGAAAACUCUGUUAAGAUUCAUAAUUUUUGCCGUGCAAGAAGUUGCGCCAUGAUGUUGGGAACAGAACUACAGAACCUGGACGGGAACCUGAAACAUGUACAGGACACACUGCUGAACAAGUGGAUGGGAGACGGGCUGACAAAACACCUGGAUGAAGAGAAGCAGAAACAUGCGGAGUGCAUGGCACAGGCCAGGGCCGACAUCUCCAAGUUGGAGGAAAGUGUGAACUCGUUUAAGAUGCAGGCAGAGAACAACAAAGAAGCCCUCCAACAGAGGAUAGACCAGAUGCAGACUGCCCGACAGGACAUCGAGAAAAUCAAGAUGCAGACUGAGGAGAUGAGCAGACAGGAGGCGGAGCUACAGGGGAUGAUUGGCACUUCUGUUCAGCAGAUUGCUAAGGAGAAGGAGUUGUUACAAGCUCAAGACCAAGUCACCAAGCAGAAAAUGGAAGAACUGCAGAAAGCUGUGGGUUACUUUAAGGACAGACUGGGACUCAAGUUCAGAAAGUUGGAUGGGGGAAGACUACAGUUUGUGUUCACGCUCAUCGAUGUAAAGAACCUGGACAGAGCCUUUGUCUUCACACUGAAGGUGGAGAGCAAGUAUGAAGUGGUCGACUGUGACCCCAAGGUCGAUGACCUUGAUGACCUAGUGGCCAAGUUGAACACCACCAACAACCUGUCAGCGUUUGUACAGGCCAUGAGGAGACGGUUCAAACAGCUGGUCUAGUCAACAUCUCUCGAGCUCCUGUCCUGGAGUUAUUUCUAGUAUGACUGUAAAUACUGUAGAAAUAAGCCUGUCAUAUUCUCCCUUUCACAACUUAUUGCACUAAUAUGUAAUACUUUCACAAUGGUAAUCCAAUGGUACAUGUAAUUUGUGUGGAAAUAUAAGCCUUUAAGACCAUUUUUUUCCUUGUGGAAGCUACUAGUAUUACUCAGUUUGGUCUCUACUUUAACAACCCUAUCCUUCUAGUUCAUGUCACUUAAAGUGGUAAUACACGUGUCUUAGGAUACGUAAUAUAAGUACAGCCAAAACUAAUGCAAUCUGUCUAAGAAAACAAAAAUUGAGUUAUAUCUAUUACUAUUAGCUUAUGUCAUACGUUCCAUAAAAGUGUUUGUUGACAUUUGGCAUACUUAUAGUAAGUUGACCACAUCCAUAUGAUACAUGCACCAAUAAAAGCCUUG